AUAACUACUCGUUUUUUUGUUUUAAUUUGUGGAACACUGUUGUUGCCAUUUCGAUAUGUCGUAUCUCACAAUUGUCUGGUACCUCUCGCGGCUCCGGCAUUAGGAGUAUUUCACACACUGGUCUCAUACUCCUAGAAUGUAAGGGUGCGUUUCGGGACAUACCAAAAAUUCGUGGACAGGUUUACAAAUGGUGGGAUUAAAAUUGUCAUAAGUCGAGUAGAGCUCCUUUGAUUUUGUUACAGCUAAAAAAUCGUGCUUAGGUUUAAUAUACAUACAUUUCUUUUUGUUAUCUGUAAUACACACUGGAAGUGGUAUUAAAUUAUAUAAACUUAAAACAUGUUGAUACACUAGUGGAAUCCUUAAAAUAAAAACAAUGUUAUUAUUAUUAGAAUAUACCGUCAAAUCUGCAAGCUUUACUAAAUCGUAAACAUUGCUAUAUUGCACCUCGAGUGGCAUAUUGGUCCCACUAGGUAGAAUAAGUUUAAUGUUUUUAAACUGUUCUAGUAAAUCUUUCGCACUUAUUAAACUCGGAUGUAUUUGUCCUGACCUAGCACUUUGUAAUAUCUCGACGAAUGUGUUUACCCGCAUCAUUUGUAUUACCAAUGCCUGAUUAACCAUUAUGAAUCGCUUAUUCGAUUUAAUUUCCGGGAAAGUGACAUUGGUUAAACUAACUAAAUUCGCUGUUGUUAGUUUUAGUGACCCUAAUUGUUCUUCGAACGUUUCUGCUUGUAGUUUUAAAAUUCUAAGAUUUUCGUCUACUAGGUUUAUUGGACCCCUUUGUUUCUCGUAGUUUACCUAUAGAGGACUCAAAUUUCUUUAUGCAUGCCCAAUUGCACAACCCAUAUAGUACCUGUGCUGCUUGUGCAACGUAUUGCAUUACCCCCCGACGACGCCUAAGUUCGACGGAGUCUAGUAGUAAUUGCUUACGCUGUAGUAUUUUUUUAUUUAAUAAUAACGCAUGGCUUAAUAAAGGUUCGCACCAUAUUGAUGCUCCUAACGUAGUGCCGUACGCGUCGAGUUCGGUACAUAGGGUUUGUAAUUUGUGCAUAUGGUCUUCAAUUACGUCCAAUUGUUCAGUAUAACAUGAUGUGUCAAGAAAAAAUACCAAAUCCCAUGUGUUAGUAACAAUUUUAAUUGGACCUAUAUUUUCGUAAUAGAUACCGGAUCUUGGCGGCAAUUGAUUGUCUGAGAAUCGUAACUGUGACAUCACCAGUGUACAGCCAAUUAUUAACUGCAUAAUAAUCUGACUGGAUUGGACAUAAAACAAAAAAAAUAAUAAUAAAAAUAAAACUAGAUACACGUAUUUGUAUUGUCUAUGUGUAUUUUAUGUUUAUAAACAUGUUGUCGAUAUAUAUAUUAUAUACCUAUCUCUACUAAUAUGUAUAUAUCUAUUACUACUUUAUGCAAACAAUUGAAUAGCUUUCCUCAUAGUUCGGUUUCAUAAAACAAUUUAACAUUGUUUAUAUGUAUGCGGUAACCCUUACGACCUUUGUUAAUAGUAAUGUUUUCGUUAUCGUGUACCGCGAGUACUUCGUAUGGGCCCGUCCAAUUUCUACUCAACGUGUUACGUUUGUUAUGCUCUUUUAAUAGGACUUUGUCCCCUACUUGUAUAUUAAUCGCGUGUGAAUUUUCAUCGUAGUAAUGCUUAUUAUUUUCUUUCUUUUUAACUAAAUUGGCGCGUGCCAGCUUAUGCGCUUCUUGCAUAAUUCGUUUUAAAUUAGUACCACAGUCGGUGAGUAUCGAAGUCGGAAUUCCGAAAAUGCACACAAAAUGUUCUACGAAUGCUUGCGCUACCGUAGAUGCAUCAGUGGUGACUAACGCCAUUGCUAGCGAGUACCGUGAUAAUUCAUCUUGUAGUGUUAAGAUGUACGUGUUUCCCCCUGUCGUGGGUGGUAAUGGACCCACUAUGUCUACACAUAUACGUUCGAACGGUUUUGUUACCGUCGAGUUAUAAUCAUAGGUUGUUUCGUCCUGAUAUGCGACUUAUUUUUCUGACAUAUGUCACAAUUCCCAAUAUAUUUUUUAACGUCUUUUUUUAACUUUUUCCAAUUGUAGUUUAUCUGUAACCGUUUCACAGUCCGUGAUACACCAGAGUGCCCCCCAAUCGGAGUGCUAUGAUAUUCAUAUAUGAUACGCUCCCGCUCUUCUUCGGUCCAGCUUUGCUCGGUAUAGAUUUUUAUACAUACCUCGGUACCUCGGUUCCCUUGAACACGUAUCUGAACAUGGUUCUAAUACGCUCAAAGUUGGUAAGCAUUGUUAACCCCUCAAAACGAGUAAUGGAAAAUUGAUUUAUUCCAUUUGUUUCGCUAAAUGUUUUUAGUUCGUCUAUAGCCAGAAAAAACUGUUCCCCCGUUAAUUCGGUUAAAUGUGUUUCUUUUAAUUUAUACAAUACAGUUAUUCGAUUGUCUUCAUUAACUACAAUAAAUUUGUUUUCGUUCGUGAAUUUCAUUUGGGUCGUAAUCUCAUGUUUCGUUAACCGUGGUGUAUUAAUUUUAUGGGUUACAACGUCCGUUGCAGUCAAUAGGUCCCCCUCUAGAUGGAAAAUAUCAGAAUACUCAUUACAAAUGCUUAUAAUGUUUUGUUUUUCUUCCUUAUUCAAAUGAUCAGUUUUAAUUGAAUUGCUUAAUAAUGUUAUUCGACCCGGGUGACUCCUACCUACCGGCUCGUGAUCCUCAUUAAUAAAAAAAAUCUUAUCCGUAUAUGGCUGCCAUUUCAAACUACUCGUGGUUAAUUCGUCAAUAAUAAAUGAUUGUUCGGAUAUGUUAAUUAUAUUACUUAUUAUGGUGUUGUCGCGCACCGGGCUUAAACUAUUUGCUAUUAUAACAUCGUCGUUUAUAGCAUAUUUUUUAAUCGCUACUAAAUUAGACCGUAUUAUCUCAUCGGCUUUGACCUGUAACACGCAAUUACCGCGCGCAGGUAUUAUAAUAGAUUCGACUUUGUUCUCUAUGGGUUCGGGUAUAUUAGUACUCCUUUAUCCCAAUCAGUUAUAGCUUUAUUAUUUUUUAGAAAUGCUAUACCUAAGAUGCCUGCUUCCGAUAUAGGAAAAUUGUCAUAGACAAUAUCGAAUUUUACGUUAAACUUUUUGUCUUUAAUAAAAACAUCGACCACUACUGUUCCUAUAGUUAAUAUUGUAGUCGCGCUUAUUCCUUUUAUGAGUUGUUUUUCGACUUCAUUAACAACUAUAUGUUCUUUUAAUAUCGAUAAUUUAAUAAUAUUCAUAUCCGCGCCGCUUUCUCCUUAAAAAAUUUACCUUCGCUAGGUAUAAAGUCCUUAGACCUACAUAUAAUGUGUUCGGCGUUAAUUGGUGUGAUAAUUCGUACGUUAUUUUUAAUUUCGCCUAUUGUAAUUACCUGAACUUCCUGAAGGCUCCCCUUGGAAUUUUUUCUUUCCCUUAAUUUUCGACAAAAUUUGACUGAUGUCGUGAUUUUUCAAUUUGCAAUAUUUGCAGAACUUAACCUGACCCGUAUACUCCUUUUUAAUAUCCGGUUUGUUUGAAAUAUUUUGCUCUAAAGUCCUACACUCAUUAGCGUAAUGACCUAUUCGGUCGCAUCGAAAACAUUUGAUUGUACUUUUAUCGACAUUCGGUCGAUCCCCCGUUUUUCUGAAAUUGGUUUUAAAAUUGUUCCGCGUAUUAUUCCGAAAAUUACUUUUAUACUCAGGUUCCGUCGUUGUUUUUGCAAAAACGGCCUCUUGUUCUAUCGCAAGUAAAACGGCUUCUUCAAAAUUACUAACAUUGCGCGAUAGUAAUAUUAUUUUAAUGGGUUCCUGUACUGCACCUAUAAACACGCUGAGCGCGUGCUCUUGUACUGAUUGUGCGUGUAUUUUGGCUUCUGCCGCGCUUUUUCCUAUGGUUAAUGCCUGUGUCAGUUCGUUACACGAUUUUUCGAUACGUUGAGCAAAAUCUUUUAUUGAUUCAUACUGACCUAACUUCAUAGUAUUUAGCUGCCCACGUAAGUAUUGUAAUGAAUGGGUUGUACUAAAUAUUGUUCCCAAAUGCGAUUUUAAUUCUUCCCAACUACAAAUCUCCCGAUACCUAACCGCGUCAAAAGCUUUCCCCUUUAACUUGGUGAGUACGGCACCUAAAAUAUCAGGUGUCAUUGUAUCAGGUAUUUUGGAAAAAACAAAUUCACAUUGCAAAAUAAAAGAUGCUAGGUCCGUUUCAUCCCUCCUGAGAAUUCGGGUAGGAACCUCAAGGCAGUAAUGAAAUCUAACUGAUUAACCAUAGUGUCGGAUGUAUCUAACAAACUCCUAGUAAUAGUUUGAUCCAAAUUUAUCAACACACCCGUAUUGAUUGUACUGUUUUCUGUACUAUCAGAACCCUCGGAAUUUAUUGUAUCCGUUAAAACUGAAUCUGAUUCAGGUUCUUUUAACUCUGGGUCGUCUGUACUUAACCCUUUACUCCUUGUAUACAUCUACAGUAUACAACCUUAACUCACAACAGAUUUGACUAAGUAUAUUUUAAUAUUAAUAACUUACACUUGGUCCAUCUGGCGGGAGGUGGAAGAAUGCGUCCCUUGAAACUGCUCUGGUUUCGUUUGGAAAUCCUCCUUGGACUGCACUCCGUGAACAAGCUCUGCUGGCUCGGUAUGUUCCGUGGACGUUGUCCCUUGAACUGACCUUUUCGGCUGGAUUGAUGUGGAAACCAAAUUGUUUGUACAAUUCGGCGUGAAACUCUUGAUGACGUUGAACGUGGUUCGUCGAUGGGUCUCGAAUUACUUAUAUGGAAAAAUCAACUUUUUUCAUUCGAUAUCGAAAAACCCCACACCUGACACCAAAUUGAAGGACGUGAAGGACACGUUGAACACUAAUACAAUAAUUAUUUAAACGACGUAGCACGUUCGUUGUCGUCUUGAGUCGUGGUUGAGAAAGAUAGAAUGAAGAAGGAUGGUUACAAUCACAGAAGAUUUUGUAACAAUAGCAAAUAUUAUCAAACAUGAAAUCCACAGACGCAAGAAACAAAAAAAACUCAAAGAAAAUUUAAAAAAUGUUGAAGAGGAUAAUAUUUCAUUAUUUAAAAAAAAGAAGAAGAAAAAGAAGCAAGAUACAACAAUGAUACGAAAUGGUGAAAUUUUUAAUAACGAUAUAGUUACAUUGCAAGUAGAGAAGUUUUGUAAUGAGACCUGUGAUGACAAUGACAAUUUUUACGAAGAUAAAUUGACAAGAAGCCUUCCUAUUGCUAAUGAUUCAGAAGGUGACUCAUUAUUUAAAAAAAAGAAGAAGAAAAAGAAGGGAGAUAAAAAAAUGGUACAAAAUGAGGAAAAUAUUAAUAACGAUAUAGUUACAUUGAGAGUAGAUAAGUUUUAUAAUAAAACCUGUGAUGACAAUUACAAGCAUAUGUAUAAAGACGAAACAAUGGAUUCUAAUUUCAACAAAGAUGAAUCGACUAGAAAGAUUCCUAUGUCUAAUGCUUCAGAAGGUGACUCAUUGUUUAAAAAAAAGAAGAAGAAGAAGAAGAAAGGAGAUAAAAAAAUGGUGAAAAAUUGUGAAAAAUUUAAACAAGAUAAGUUUUAUAGUGAGAUCUGUGAUGACAAUGACAAGCAUUUGUAUAAAGAUGAAACAAUGGAUUCUUAUUUAAACAAAGAUGAAUUGAUAAGGAUUCCUAUUGCUAAUACUUCAGAAGGUGAUUCAUUAUUUAAAAAAAAAAAGAAGAAAAAGAAUAGUGAUAAAAAAAUGGUACAAAAAGAUAAACAUUUAAAAAAUGAUAAAUCUAUUUUGAAUGGAGUACAAUUUUAUAAUGAGACCAUUGAUGACAAUAUCAAGUAUUUGAAUAAAAUCAAUAUGAGUGUUUCCAAUUUAAAUAAAGAAGAUUUUACAACAAGGAUUCAAAUUGCAAAUGCUUCAGAAGAUGACAAAGAAUUGACAUUAUUAAAAAGUCCAUUCAAAAAGAUUAAGAAAAAAAAGAAAAAAUUUAAGAUGGCAAUAAAUGAUGGUACCCAGUCUACAAAAUAUGGAACUACACAAAAAAAUCUUAAAAAUAUGGAAGACCUGAAAAAAAAUGUAUUCAAAGAGCAGCCAAAUGAGAUUCACAAUGAUUCUGGUAUGAUUAACAAUCCUUAUAAUUCGAGAAUUUCAAAAGUCCAUGAACAGUACCCUGAAUUAUUUCAAAAGUUAUUAAAAAAAAAAAAGAAAGACAAGAAAAAAUCUAUCAAGGUCGUAACUAGUAAAGAAGUACUGUCACCAAAAAAAUCAAAUAAACAUAAACGAGAGGCUACUGAUAAAGAAUAUUCAAAAAACAAUUCCCGUCAAUCAGUGGACAUGGAUAUUGAGACAUAUGAUAGUAAUAAUUAUAUUGGUGGAAAUAAAUUAAAAUCGUUUUAUUCUCAGGAUGAUCACAUGCCAGAAUAUCGCACUAUGACUGACAUAGAUUCCAAUAUGAGUAACACUAUUUAUAAUUCAAGAAUUUCAAAAGUCGAUAAAGAAGAGUAUCCUGAAUUAGUUAAAAAGUCAUUAAAAAAUAAAAAGAGGGAAAACAAAAAAGCUAUUAAAGCGGUAAAUCGUAACGAAGUAAUGUUACAGAAAAAAUCGAAUAAACAUAAACGACAGACGACUGAUAAAGAAUAUUCGAAAAACGAUUCCCCUCAAUCAGUGGACAUUAAUGUGGAGACAUGUUAUGAUAAUAUUAAUCAUAUUGGCGAAGAUUUUGGAAAUAAAUUAGAACUUGUUGACUCUCGGGACGAUCACCCAUCGGAAUAUCGGAAUAUUAUCGACACAGUUAUGUAUUUAGGCCAAUAUUGUAAUCAAAUAUUUAACAACGCCAACGGUGUAUUCAUUCACGAAAAUGUUCUCACUGGAAACAUUCCUCUCCAGUGCGACGUUUGCUUUAGAACGUUUAGCUAUAAAUCUAAAUUGUAUUUACAUAAAAGAACACACACCGGUGAGAAACCAUAUGUGUGCAAUGUUUGUAGCCGAUCAUUUUCGCUUAAGUCAAAUUUGGUUACACAUAAAAGAACGCACACUGGUGAGAAACCAUAUGUGUGCAACGUCUGUGGUCAAUCAUUUUCGCGUAAAGGAAAUUUGGUUACACAUAAAAGAACGCACACUGGUGAGAAACCAUAUGUGUGCAACGUCUGUGGUCAAUCAUUUUCGCAAAAAGGAAAUUUGGUUACACAUAAAAGAACGCAUACUGGGGAGAAACCAUAUGCUUGCAACGUUUGUGGCCGAUUAUUUUCGUACAAAGGGGAUUUGGUUAAACAUAUAAGAACGCACACUGGUGAGAAACCGUAUGCGUGCAAUUAUUGUGGACGAUCAUUUUCGUUACAUGGAAAUUUGGUUACACAUAUAAGAACGCACACCGGUGUGAAACCAUAUACGUGCAAUUUUUGUGGCCGAUCAUUUUCGCAAAAAGUAAGUUGUGUUGUACAUUAUAGAAUACACACAGGUGAAAAACCAUUCGAGUGCGGUUAUUGUGAAAAAAAGUUUUCAUCAAGCGGUGAUCGUACAAAACAUACACGAAAUGUUCAUACCAAAUGUUUUUAAAUUCAUUACUUAAAAUGCCGUUACGACCCACAAGUCAAACAACAAACAUCAAAUCAUAAACGAUAACGUCUGCUCCGUGAUCAUCAUGGUAAAGGAAAAGCAUUUGGAAAACGCUAUUACUACCUAUAUCGUAAGCGUUUGAAUUCCACUGAUCAAGACGCAAUCCUUUACAGUUCUCAUUGUCAACGACAAUCGUCCAUUGUGAAUAAAAACUUGAAUACUGUAGCAGUGGAGUUUAAUUACAUGACUAAUUUUGAUAUGCCAUUUCAAUAAGCGUACAAGACGUCAUACACUACGGAUAUUUUUUAUUUCGUUGCUAACGUUAGUUAUUAAAACCUCCAAGAACCAAAUGCUUAUUUACUGCAGUUACCGACGAUGGACACAUUGCACAGACCUCCAAGUUUAAUAUCAAUGGAAAUAUUUUCAACUCCAGAAGACUUUUGUAAACAGAGAGUGAUUCGAUUAAAAUAAGAAAAUAAAAUAGCAGUGCACAUUAUAUUUUGUUUUUGAUUUCCCAAUACUUAUCAUAUUAAAUGAUAACAAAAUUCAGUUUGUAUAGAAUUAGGUUCUAUUAUUGUGUAAAUAUAUUUUAUCUACAGAGUACAAUUUAAUUAAUAAAAAUCAAAAGUUGUGUAUUUAAAAAUUAUUUUUUGUUUAAAUCUUUACGUUAUAUUCGUUCAAAAAUGUUUUUUUUAAAUUUAUUUAUUAUUUUUAUUGAUCAUUAUAGGCUCGGCAACUAUGACUAUUAGGUGUUUGUUUGUUUGUAAGGGAGGAUACUGUAUAGGUUGGUAAACACUUGUGUUUUAGUUUGGCAGAAUUUUCAAGUGGGCUGCACCCGUAGGUAUCUGUCAUGCCCGGGUGGGGGAUGGCGGCACUUCUCUCCGGAAAUGCCGCCCGCAGCCGAGGUUUUGAACCAGCGCCAGUGCGCGUCGCAACCAACGCCUUAUUCCGCUCAGCCACUCCGUCCUCCAUGUGUGUUUUUAUUUACAUUUAUUGAAGAAGAAAAAAAUCUUUUUAUUUUCGUCCAAAUGUGAACUUCAGACGUCUAUAAAAAAAAUCUAUUGUACCUACAUAUAAAUUUAUUGGCUCUUUUGUUUACUGUAUGAAUAACUUAAGAGAAACUAUGUAGGUAGGUAUUCAAUUUUCACACUUUGAUUGAAAAAUUUUUUUAUUGACAUUCAUAAAAAUAAAACAUGAAAAAUUGAAAAAGUCAAAUGUUUAUAUAAUAUGCUCGAAAGAUUCAAAUCUAUAUAUUUUGAAAAUAAUACCAUUUGUAGAAAAUGCUAAUAUAUACAUCUGAUGAAAAUUUCAUGAUAUGUUACAUUAUAUCUAUAUUCUACUUUAUUUUAUUUUAUUU